AUUGAUGAUCUGAUCCCCGUGGCUCUAAUGAGCAGUUAGUAAUUAGUUUGAAAUGCAUCUGCCUAAUCAAAGAUCAGUAAUCGAAUACCUGCGCAGUAAUUUUGUGGGGAGGAGGGAGAGGAGGGGUCCCCGUGAAGAUAGAGUUACCUCAUCCUUGUAUUACAUACCUGCACACACACACACACACACACACACAUCCUUCCGUAAACACACAGCGUAGCUGUUCAACACUCAGGUGGAGCGCUGGAUGAAGGUUUGCUGCCUGGGCUCCAUGAAUGUUUAACCAGCUCAGUGUUCUACAGAGACAGAAGGGACAGCAGUACCACCCUCCUCCUCCCCCUCCUCCUCCUCCUCCUCCUCUGCCUCCCCAGCCUCUCUGUCCCAGGUGUGGUUCUGGACCUGGUGGGAGCCGGUGUUUGAAUCAGGACAGAGAGAAGACUCGGAGUUAUGGCAGAACUUGUCGCUCACUGAACCCUGCAGUUAAAGGCUGUGUCUGUUUGAGCAGAAGUUUUAACAGAAGACUCAGCGUUUAUAGAAGUUUGGAUUCAUCAGAAUCAUCCUCACACGGGACUGAAUCGACCAUGACACACAUGGCUUUGGAAGUGAAGGAGAGCCUGGAUGUGCGGUGUAACCAGAUCCUGAGGAACAUGGAGGCCUCGCUGACAGCUCGGGAUCGCGUGGGCAUCCAGGAUUUUGUUCUCUUGGACGCCUACACGAGUGAGAGUGCCUUCCUGGACAACCUGAGGAAGCGCUUCCAUGAGAAUCUCAUUUACACCUACAUCGGGACUCUGCUGGUGUCGGUCAAUCCGUACAAAGAUUUAGACAUCUACAGCAAGAAGCAAAUGGACACCUACAUGGGCGUUAACUUCUUUGAGCUGCCACCUCAUAUUUAUGCUCUGGCAGACAACGUCUUCCGCACGAUGCUGUCCGAGUACAACAACCACUUCAUCCUGAUCUCCGGGGAAAGCGGGGCCGGCAAGACCGAGGCCUCCAAGAAAAUCCUCCAGUACUACGCUGUCAGCUGCCCGAGUACCAGACUCCUGAACAAUGUUCGAGACCGGCUUCUUCUCUCCAAUCCAGUGCUCGAGGCUUUUGGAAAUGCCAAAACUCUGAAGAACAACAACUCGAGCCGCUUUGGAAAAUAUAUGGACAUCCAGUUUGAUCACCAGGGCGGUGCAGUUGGCGGUCACAUCCUAAGCUACCUGUUGGAGAAGUCCCGUGUGGUCCACCAGAAUCACGGAGAGAGGAAUUUUCACAUCUUCUAUCAGCUGGUGGAAGGAGGGGAGGAAGAUCUGCUCCGCUGGCUCGGCCUACAGAGAAACUGCCAGCACUACAGUUAUCUGGUGCAGGUCAGCAUUCAAAGAAAACACUAUAUUUAUCUGCUUGGUUUCAUGUCUCUAAUCCUUUGUCUUCCACAGGGUGAAUGUGCCAAAGUUAGCGCUAUCAACGAUAAAAGUGAUUGGAGGACGGUGCGAAAGGCCCUCUCUGUCAUAGAGUUCAGUGAGAGCGAUAUUGAGAGCCUGUUUGGGAUUAUUGCUAGUGUGCUCCACCUGGGUAAUAUCAAGUUUGAAGCAGAUGCUCGAGGAUACGCCACUCUCAACAACAACCAGGAAAUGCACUGGGUGUCAAAGUUGCUGGGGAUUCCUGCUGAUGUUCUACAACAGGGCUUGACCCACAAGAAGAUUGAAGCCAAAACAGAGGAGGUGUUCAGUCCCUUCUCUGUGGACCAUGCAGUAUAUGCCAGGGAUGCCCUUGCCAAAGCCAUCUAUGGCCGCACGUUCACCUGGUUGGUCAACAAGAUCAACGAAUCCUUAGCUAACAAGGAUUCCUCCAGAAAGACAGUGAUUGGCUUGUUGGACAUCUACGGGUUUGAGGUUUUCAGCGUGAACAGCUUUGAGCAGUUUUGCAUCAACUAUUGCAACGAGAAGCUGCAGCAGCUUUUCAUCCAACUGACCCUCAAAUCCGAGCAGGAGGAGUACGAGAUGGAGGGAAUUGAAUGGGAACCAGUGCCAUAUUUCAACAAUAAGAUCAUAUGUGACCUUGUGGAGGAGAAAUACAGAGGAAUCAUCUCACUGUUGGAUGAGGAAUGUUUACUUCCGGGAGAAGCAACUGAUCUAACUUUCCUGGACAAGAUGGAGCAAAAGAUUGGUGGCCACCCUCAUUUUGUCACACAUAAACUAGCAGACCAAAAGACGAGGAAAACCAUGGACAGAGGUGAUUUCCGAUUGCUGCACUACGCUGGGGAAGUGACCUAUUGUGUUGUUGGAUUCUUGGACAAAAACAAUGAUCUGUUGUAUCGCAAUGGAAAAGAGGUCAUGCGACAGUCCAAAAAUGCUGUCAUCAAGCUCUGUUUUCCAUCGACUGAGCCGGACAGCAAGAGGAGACCUGAGACUGUGGUGACUCAGUUUAAGAGCAGCCUCGUGGGACUGACAGAGAUCUUGAUGUCCAAAGAGCCUUGGUACGUCCGCUGCAUUAAACCCAAUGAAGCCAAGCAGCCAGGACGCUUUGAUGACGUUCUGGUGAGACAUCAGGUUAAGUACCUGGGGCUGAUGGAGCACUUAAGGGUCAGGCGCGCUGGAUUUGCUUACCGCCGUAAAUAUGAGAUCUUCCUCCAGAGGUAUAAGCCUCUGUGUCCCGACACCUGGCCCAACUGGAAGGGGACAGCAGCAGAGGGUGUGCACUGCCUCAUCAAACACCUGGGCUACAAAUCUAACGAGUACAAGAUGGGCAGGACAAAAAUUUUCAUCCGCCACCCAAGAACUCUGUUUGCCACAGAAGACGCCUUUCAGGAGUGCAAACACAAGCUUGCAACAAGGAUUCAGGCCAAGUACAAGGGUUACAGAGUCAAAGGAGACUUCCAGAAGCAGAGAGAAGCUGCCACUAAAAUUGAGACUUGCUGGAGAGGACUCAGGGCCAGAAAGGAGCGAGAAAAGAGAUCGUGGGCUGUCAAGGUCAUCAAGAAGUUCAUUAAAGGUUUCAUGACCAGACAUCACCCAGCGUGCGUUGACAACAGCGAGUACCUGGCGUAUGUGAGGCAGAACUACCUGACGCGACUGAAGGAGAACCUUCCACAAACAGUACUGCAGAAAGACUUCUGGCUCACACCUCCACCUAUAAUGCGGGAGGUGUCCCAAGUCUUGAAGCAGGUCUACAUUCGCCACAUGGUACAGAAGUACAUUAGUGGAAUCACUCCACAGAGGAAAGCACAGCUCAUGUUAAAAUUACAGGCUAGCUCCAUGUUUAAAGGAAAGAAAGAAAACUAUACCUUCAGUGUGGGCAGACCGUUCAUGGACACCAGGAUAGGCACAGGCGACAUCAACAUCAAAGUGCUUCAGAUGAUAAGACACGAGCAAAUUAAGUACAGCGUGCCGGUGGUCAAGUACGACAGGAACGGCUUCAGACCUCGUCCUCGGCAGCUCAUCUUUACCCUGGAGGCCGCCUACCUCGCAGAAGAGGCCAAGGUCAAGCAGAGGAUAGAUUACAGUUCUCUGAAAGGUGUGUCAGUGAGCAACCUGAGUGACAACUUCCUGAUCCUUCAUGUUACAUGCGAUGAUGUCAAGAAAAAGGGUGAUCUGGUCCUGCAGUGUGAUCACCUGUUUGAGGCCCUGACCAAACUGAGUGUUAUUGCCAACAAGCAGAACUGCAUCCAUGUGGUCCAGGGCAGCGUGCGAUUUGACAUCCAGCCGGGCAGAAAGGGAUUUGUGGACUUCAAGAGUGGUCAGGAGUCCACUGUCUACAGGGCAAAGAAUGGCCAUUUGAUGGUGGAAUCAACAAGAACCAAGUCAAGAUUGUGAUGCACAUGACGUGACGGGACACUGUUGCUCCUCUGAGUCUUGAAUCAACAGCCAUGAUUGUUAUAUAAUCCUGCUCCAUGGUUGUUUCAUUUAACAGCUGAACGUAUACUGUCAGCAUCUUUAUGGAAAUACAACAAGUACUGUAGAUGUUAUUAUCUCGCAUAUACUGCCAAUUCAGUAAAAGAGAGGCAAAAAGAGAACAAAACAUGCCGAUAACAGAGCCUGACUAGAAUAGAAAUGUCUUGGAUUGUUUUUUAUUUGUAUUAUUUUAAAAUGAUCUUUGGGCCCAAAAUAAAUAGCGUAUAUCUCUGCAA